AUGCCUGGCAUCAUAGACCAAAAACUCAUUGAUGGCUCUCAGCGAUCACGAGAGACCAAUUCUUUCUCACAAGAAACGUCAUCGACGCAGGAGCCUGGUUCAUAUAGGCGUGAUGUUGAAGAUCAUUUAGAUGCAUUUGACCUCGAGUUGCUGGCCCAAUCCAGCGGAAUUGAAGCACCACCCCCGCCCCCACCAAUUCGAAGAGAGAUCCCACACUUCGAAAAUAUCCCUAUUUCCGUGCGAGGCAUGGUGCUGGUUUCAAAGGAUGCACUGCCGGACAGAUAUCGGGAUUUGUUCCCAUUCCCACUGUUCAAUGCCGUGCAGAGCAGAUGUUUCGACUCGGCAUACAAUUCUGAUUCCAAUCUGGUCCUUUCUUCGCCCACAGGAAGUGGAAAGACGGUUAUCACGGAGCUGGCUAUCUGCAGACUUCUCAAUGUGUUGAAGGAUGAGCGGUUCAAAGUCGUUUACCAAGCCCCGACCAAAUCGCUGUGCACCGAGCGAUUUCGCGAUUGGAAUAUCAAGUUCGCGGCUCUGGGUCUUAAAUGUGCGGAAUUGACUGGAGAUACCGAGUAUACGCAGCUACGGGGUGUGCAGAAUAGCCAGAUCAUUAUCACUACCCCGGAGAAGUGGGAUUCUAUGACCCGGAAGUGGCAGGAUCACAUGAAGCUGCUGCAGCUGGUGAAACUCUUUCUCAUCGAUGAGGUUCACUUUCUCAAAGAGUCCAGAGGUGCUACACUUGAAGCUGUGGUGUCACGCAUGAAGAAUAUCGGUUCGAAUGUUCGCUUUGUUGCUCUUAGUGCCACGAUCCCGAAUUCAGAGGACAUUGCGACUUGGCUGGGGAAAGAUGCCACUAACCAGCAUUUGCCAGCUCACCGAGAGCACUUUGGCGAAGAUUUCCGGCCGGUCAAGUUACAGAAGGUUGUUUAUGGAUACCAGUCAACAGUGAAUGAUUUUGCCUUUGACAAGAUUUGCGCCUCCAAAUUGCCUGAUAUUAUCGGAGUGCAUUCAUGUCAAAAGCCGAUCAUAAUUUUUUGCUGUACUCGCAACUCAUCUGCUGCAACUGCAAAGGAGCUUAGUCGUCUGUGGAACAUGACGAACCCACCUGCUAGGCUCUGGAAAGGCCCGACCAGACAAAUUCGAGUUAACAAUGAAGAUUUGAAUACCACAAUCUCCGCGGGAGUCGCGUUCCAUCAUGCAGGUCUUGGUCCGUCCGACCGACACGCCAUUGAGCAGGGGUUUCUCAACGGGCACAUCAACGUGAUAUGCUGCACUUCAACCCUUGCUGUCGGUAUAAAUCUACCUUGCCACCUAGUGAUAAUCAAAAAUACGGUCGGCUGGCAGGAAGGCGGCUGCAAGGAAUAUUCAGAUCUCGAAAUGAUGCAGAUGCUCGGGCGUGCAGGCCGACCCCAAUUCGAUGACAGCGCCGUUGCAGUCAUACUCACCCGCAAGGAACGCGUACCCCACUAUGAGAGACUGGUCUCCGGAACCGAGAGUAUUGAAAGUUGCUUGCAUCUAAACCUGAUAGAGCAUCUCAAUGCCGAGAUAGGAUUGGGAAAUGUCACAAACCUCGAAACGGCUACCAAGUGGCUUGCUGGGACUUUUCUUUUCGUGAGACUCCGUCGGAAUCCGACCCAUUACAAGCUCAAAGAAGGGGCCAGUCAGGAAGACGAAGACGAGUUGCUCCGACAGAUCUGUGAGAAAGACAUCAGUCUUCUUCAGGACUGUGAUCUAGUCGAAACUGAGACUCUGCGCUCGACUAAAUACGGCGAUGCUAUGGCUCGGUACUACGUUCGGUUCGAAACGAUGAAGAUCCUGCUUGGGCUGAAGCAAAAAGCAGAAUUGUCGCAGAUUGCAAGUAUUCUCGAUGUCAUUGUCCAAGCCGAAGAGUUCCGAGAAAUCCGUUUCAAGGUAGGUGAAAAGUCUCUUUACAAGGAGAUCAACCGGGACCAAGGACUUCGAUAUCCGAUCAAAGUCGACAUCGCUCUCCCAAUUCACAAAAUCUCCCUUCUUCUUCAGUCUGAACUGGGUGCAAUCGAGUUCCCAUGUGGAGACCAAUUUCAGAAACUCAAGUUCUCCCUCCAACAAGACAAGAACCUCGUAUUCGCCCAUGUGAACCGAUUGAUCCGAUGUGUAAUUGAUUGCAUGAUCGAACGUGAGGACUCCGUGUCCAUCUUGAAUGCACUGGAGUUAGCUAGAAGCUUUGGUGCGAAGGUUUGGGAUCAGUCACCCCUCCAGAUGAAGCAGAUCGAGCAGAUCGGAGUAGUGGCCGUUCGAAAACUUGCUGCUGCUGGGGUUACAGGCAUCGAGGAACUCGAAUGCUUAGAAGCUCAUGAGAUCGAGAUGACUCUCAGCAGAAAUCCCCCUUUUGGCACAAAGUUGCUCUGUCGACUGAAGGAGUUUCCUAGGCUGCGCAUUGAUGUGAAGAUGACUGGAAAAGAUGUGAAGAAUGGUUCAGUCACUAUUGGUUUCAAGCUUGAAGUGGCGUUCAUGAAUGAAAAGAUUCCAGCGUACUUUCUGGGUCGACCAGUCUACAUCUGCUGCUUGACCGAGACAUCCGACGGUCAAUUGAUUGAUUUCCGCCGGAUAAGUGCAAGCAAACUCCAUCACGGUCUAGAGAUUACCCUCGCUGCGAAUCUGAGGAGCGCGAGUCAAUACGUCGUAUGUCAUGCUAUGUGUGACGAUAUUGCCGGAACUGCAAGACAAGCCGAACUGAAGUUCAAUCUCUCCUCCCAUCUCCCAGCAAAGCAAGCUAGAACAAACGACCAAAGAAGCAUUGAGAAGCCUGGUAUAAUUACAAGCCAACAGCCUCAGAGUUUAUUGAAAGAACAGCCCAAGGCAUUUGUUGAGGCAGACUGUUUUGACGGUGACGACCUGGGCCUGGAUGACUUUCUGUUCGACAGUCCGCGUCCAGACAGGUCAAAGAAAAUUGCUUCCAUGAAAAAUACACAAAUCGAGGAAGAGGACUGGAUGUCUAUUGAUAGCAGUCCGAGCUCACGAAAAACAACGGAGGCCCAAAAAGCAAAAGGUGACAAGUGGAUCGCUGAUAUGGGACCACAGGAGCAGGAAGAAGACGAACCUGCCCGGCUUGCCAACGAUCAACCUUGCGCUAAUGAGGCCAGUUGCAAACAUCUAUGCUGCAGAACAGGCCUUGAGAAGCCUCCUAAGCCCGGCAAGAAACGUGCUACCGCAUCCCAGAAAGCCGAUGGGUUGAACCAGUUGACAUUGGCGGCUACAACAACCAAGAAGCGCUCCGAAAAGGAUGUCCAGAAAGAGAAUCGCAAGUCUGCAGCUAGGAAAAAGGCCACUGAAAGUGAGUAUUUGAGCCCGUUGAAGGGACAGGAGAAAUCAAAGAAAUCGAAGAAGCCCAGCACAGGAACUGGAGGAAGCAAAAAUGCGGCCCCGUCUUCAAGCAAGUACCAAGCCGUCCAAAGCUCUUCGAAAAUAACUUCCAGUGACUAUGGUGAUGACGAAUUCAGCGACUUCCCAUCCCCGUCGGAGCUUUUCAAAGAUGCAGGGUUCAAACAGCCCCUUUCGAUCGAAGUUCCGGAAAAUGGAGCAAAAUCCAAGUUCUUCGUCGACCUCACAACACCAAGCGGUGAUCCAACCCCAGAGACUACAGAAACUACAGAAACUACAGAAACUACAGAACCAACCGAUAUUUCAACGGAAGGAAUGCCGGCAUCUCCAGAGAACACCCACAAAAGUCACAGCACUGAGCUAUGGACAUACCCUACUUCAUCUCCUCAAAAGGAAAUCUUCACCAGUGCAGAUAGCAUCAAAAGCUCGGCACCAACUGCAUCUGCACCAUUGACUGCGCUGUCCGGGAAUACUCCUCACCUGAAACGAAAGGCGGACAGCAUCAACGAAACAAAAACUGAGCAAAGCAGGAAGAAAAUUGAGUGGCGCCCAAUGAAUGUCCCUGCGACGAAGCAUGAUGACGACCAACUAACCGAAUCUGAGGGUUCUCCCGGAUGGGAGGACGUGGACCGAUUGUUGCUGGAGGAGUUCAAAGAUAUUGUCAACUUCUAUUAA